AUGGUUCGUGAAUCGCUUCGGAUCCGCACACGUCAAGAAGAUUCGAGCCCGAUCAGUGACCUUCAUGGACAGACAACAGAAGAUGCCAUUGAUUUGGAUUCGUCAGAUGAAGAAGUAGAAGAAAUCGAGGUUGAGGAGGAAGUAGAGGAAAGAGAGGAAGAAGAAGUGGAGCAGGAAAAAGAAGAGGCAGAGGACGUUGCUGAAUUGGAACAGCUGGAGAUAGCUGCGUCACAACUGCUGGAACUGAGUCUGAGUCUGAGUCUGAGUCUGAGUCUGGACCUGGAUCUGGAGGAGGAAGAAUCCGUGAGCCAGAAGGAAACAUCAGAACAGCCAGAAACAGUCAAGAAAUCAGAAGGUUUAUCGCUGGAUUCAGAACCUUCUCUGGAUGAGGAGAUUGAGUCCGAAAAGGAGGAAUUUCCAGUGGAAACUCCUCUAAGUAAAUCUGAACCAGAGAAGUCAAGCCCUAUGAAACACAGCGAGGAAUAUGAUUUGGAGGAAAUGAUUCGUGGUGAGAUUGCCGCGUCUCUCGAUGACGAAAUAACCGUGAUAGCUGACGACACACUAGAUUCCGCUGACGACAUAGCCAUUGUUCUGGUGGAGCCAUUUAGUGACGACAAGAAAUUCUUGAGAAGGAAAAGAAGAAAGAGCGAACCUGAUCAAAAGGAUCCAAAGGUGAGAGAUGACGAGCAUAAAACCAAGAAGAAGGCAAAGCCUUCAGCUGGUAGGAAAAACUUGGGCUCGUCACACUCUGAUUCUGAAGGAGACACGGAACUUUUCGUUGAUGCUUUGGAUUCAGAUUGGGCCGGUGGACAGCUGACUGAGCAAACUUCGGCAUUCAACCUGCCUAAUUUUCCCGAUGUAAUUGAAAUUGAAAGCGAGUCCGAGGAGUCUGUGGCCCCAAAAUCGGGGCAUUCGACAGAGUCUGCGGGAAUUCGGUUACUAUACAAUUCCAGCUAUGAUCUUUCCGAUCUGGGUGACAAAACCGAAGUCAACUUGGAUACUGUUACAAUUAAUGAGCUUGUGGGCCAGAAAGACUUGGUAGAGACUUAUCAAUUCAAUUUCAGUGUGGACCUCGAGUACUUCCUUUCGUUCUUACAUCCUGAGUUCUCGAUCAAAAGAAGAAAGAUCACCUUCAUCACAGGAGGACCGCUCUUGAGUGGGCACCCUCUUGAGAACCAGUUGAGAAAGAAAUUUCUCAUCUCUGAUGUUGUUGCCUCGCUUCCUAACCGAUUUGGCUCCCACCAUUCCAAAAUGAUGGUGAACUUCUUUGAGGAUGAUGAAGUCGAAAUUGUCAUUAUGACUUCGAACUUGACCCAGUUGGAUUUUGUUGGCUUGACGCAGACAUUAUGGAGAUCUGGCCGCUUGAAGAAGGGAAAAACCUCCACUACUCUGGGAAAACGCUUCCGAAUCGAUCUUAUACGGUAUCUUUCGAAGUACAAGCUCAAUGUGACCGACGCAUUGCUCAAAAAGUUGGAACAUUUUGAUUACAGUUCUGUUGAUGUGGAGCUCGUAGCAUCUUCACCUGGCGUUUACAAUUUGGAAGAUCCAAAACCCAAGGGAGAAGCUUAUGGUUAUUUGAAGUUCCGUCAGUGUCUCAAGCGAAACAAUUUGCUUUUGGAACCUGAAAAACUGUCCCACAAUAUAUUGGCACAAGUAACGUCGAUUGCUUAUCCUUAUGCAACCAAGAAGGGCAAAACCUCCUCAAUAUUCACCCACUUAUUGUGUCCGUUGAUGUUCAAAGAUUGGGAUCAGCUGCUUGAGCCUGGUGCUGAAGCAUCCCAACAACAUCAGCGUGAGAACAGAUACAAGCCACACAUAGUUUUUCCCACUGCAAAGGAGAUUGCCAGCAGCAAUUUCGGAUUUCUCUCUGGAACCGCCGUACAUUUCAAGUACACCACACUGGCCAUUCAUGAACAGCAGUACGAGCAGAAUAUCAAGAAGUACUUGUGUAAGUGGAGCCAGGGCACCCAGACUGGAAGAGAAAGGGUGACUCCGCACGUAAAGUACUACGCGUGUGAUAAUGGAGACGACUGGAAGAGCUUGAAAUGGGUCUUGGUGGGUAGUCAUAACUUGUCGAAGCAGGCUUGGGGCUACCCACUUGCGAAGUCGAAGGGAACACAGUUUGAGGUUGAUAGUUACGAAUUGAGUGUGUUUAAGGCAGGAAAGGAAAAGCCUCUUAUACCUGUUUAUGGAAGUGAUGCCCUUCCAGCGAAAACCACUGGAGAGGCAAUUCGUUUCCCAUUUGUUGUGCCUCCAAAACCUUAUCUGGUUAGAGACCAGGCGUGGAGUGCAGAUGUUGAUUUUGGUUCGCUUAAUGACCGGUGGGGCAAUACCCACCACGGUAUAUUUUAG